AGAACAUAUUGGUAGGCAGAAAUUGAUUGAAGUCUACAAUUAUUGUUACUACAAUGUUAAAAGAUUUACAUAUCUUAUUCAUCACAAGCCGAGAGCACAUCAGUUUUCGCAACUUGUUCUGUUUUUAAGUCCAUCCUUACUUCAAUAUCCUCUUCCUCUUCAUCCAUGCUGUCGCUCAUUUAUAUGUCUAGUUGAAUCACAUAAAUAUACAGCUACACCGUCUACAAGUCUGAAUCAAUGGGGUUUCUUCACUCUACAUUUGUUCUACUAGUCUUAUAUUUCAUGCUCCUCAGUGACGCUCAACUCUUGCCUGCACAAGAAGUACAAACUCUUACAAUGAUAUCCUUGAAGCUAAAUAACAAACAUUGGAAGACACUUGAUCGAAGGUCAUGCAAUAGACCGGAUGAUUUUAAUAGGACAUUUCCGCCACUGGUAGAUAUCUAUAGCAAUGUCAGCUGCGAUUGCUCGUUCAGUAGGAAGUCAGUGUGCCAUGUUACACACAUCGAGAUGAAGGGCUUAAACCUGACCGGAGAAUUACCUGCUGAAUUUUCAAACCUGACUAAUCUACUCGUGAUAGAUCUGUCACGUAACUAUAUCAACGGAAGCAUUCCCAGUGCUUUUGGUCAGAUGCACCUCACAAAUCUAUCCCUUGUUGGAAAUCGUAUUCGUGGUUCGAUUCCCCCAGAAAUAGGCAACAUUGAUACACUCGAGGAGCUUGUGUUGGAAAAUAAUCAGCUUGAAGGGCCUCUUCCUGCACAACUUGGGAGUAUGAUUCGCUUAAAGAGACUCUUACUUUCGGGAAAUAAUUUUAGUGGAAAGAUACCAGAAACAUAUGGCAAUUUGAAGAAUCUAACAGAUUUUAGGGUAGAUGGGAAUGGAUUAUCUGGGAAGAUACCUGAAUUUAUUGGAAAAUGGACAAAUAUCACGAGAUUGGACUUGCAAGGCACAGGAAUGAGUGGUCCCAUUCCUUUGGCCAUCUCCCUUUUGAAUAAUCUAGAAUACCUGAGGAUAUCUGAUCUGAGUGGAACUAAUUCUUCAACCAUCCCUGAUUUAAAAGAUAUGAAAAGCAUAAAAACUUUGACAUUGAGAAAUUGCUUGAUGAGUGGUGAAAUUCCAGAAUACAUAGGGAAACUAAUUACACUAAAAAGCCUAGAUCUGAGCUUCAACAAGUUAACUGGUCCAAUCAAAGAUGCAUUGGAGCCUUUACACUCAAAAAUGAACUUUUUGUAUCUGAAUAACAAUUCAUUAACUGGGGCAGUUCCGAAAUGGAUUUCCAACAGCAAUGACAAUUAUGAUGCAUCUUAUAACAAUUUUACACAAACUCCCGGAUAUAACUGUCAGACAUCUCGUGUGAAUUUAAUUUCUAGCCAUUCAUCUACAACAGACAAUUCUGGACUUGAUUGGUGCUUAAAGAAAGACCUCCCUUGCUCCCGAAAACCUCGAUAUCACUCACUUUUUAUUAAUUGUGGAGGAAAUAAAACACAAUGGGAGCGAAACGAGUAUGAAGAGGACACAAAUGAAGAAGGGGCAUCGUACUUCUAUUCUGAUUCUUCGGAGAAAUGGGCAUAUAGCAGUGCAGGAGAGUUUGUAGGCAGAAAAGGAGCUGAUUAUCUUGCAAUAAACGAUAAUAUAACUGAAGAAAUUUAUAGAACAGCCCGCCUUGCCCCAUCUUCACUUAGGUAUUACGGUCUUUGCUUGCAAAAAGGUAGUUAUAAGGUUCGCCUCCACUUUGCUGAAAUACAAUAUUCUGGUGACAACACGUUUAGCAGCAUUGGUAGGCGCAUUUUCGAUGUAUCUAUCCAAGGACAUUUAAGGAAGAAGAACUUCAACAUUGCUGAAGAUGCCAAAGGAUUCGGAUUGCCAACCACCUUGGAAUACAAUGUUGAAGUCGAUGAUGGUACUUUGGAGAUCCACCUUUAUUGGGCAGGUAAGGGGACUAAUGCAAUUCCUGACAAAGGUGUAUAUGGACCACUUAUAUCGGCAAUCACUGUGACACCAAACUUUAAGGUUGACACUGGCCGUUUAUCUACUGGAGCCAUAGCUGGUAUCGUGGUUUGUUCGAUUUCUGGUGUCAUCUUGAUUUUAUUACUUCUUUGGAGAAAAGGUUUCCUGGGAGGAAAAGACAUUGAAGAUAAAGAACUCCGAGGAGCUAUAGAACUACAAACUGGUUAUUUUAGCUUAAGACAUAUCAAAGCUGCCACUAACAACUUCGAUCCUGCAAAUAAGAUUGGUGAAGGUGGAUUUGGGCCAGUUUACAAGGGUGUCCUAUCAGACAAUGCAGUAAUAGCUGUUAAGCAGCUAUCCUCCAAAUCUAAACAAGGGAACCGUGAAUUUAUCAAUGAGAUAGGCAUGAUAUCUGCUUUGCAACACCCGAAUCUUGUGAAGCUUUUUGGAUGUUGUAUUGAAGGAAACCAGUUGUUGCUAGUAUAUGAGUACCUGGAGAACAAUAGUCUUGCCCGAGCACUUUUUGGCCACGAGGAACAGAAGCUAAACUUGGAUUGGCCGACUAGAAAGAAGAUAUUUUUGCAGAUAGCAAGAGGCUUAGCUUAUCUUCAUGAAGAAUCAAGGUUGAAAAUUGUGCACAGGGACAUCAAGGCUACUAAUGUGUUGCUUGAUAAAGAUCUUAAUGCAAAGAUAUCAGACUUUGGUUUAGCUAAGCUUGAUGAAGAAGAAAACACUCACAUCAGCACACGAAUUGCUGGAACAAUCGGAUAUAUGGCUCCAGAAUAUGCAAUGAGAGGUUACCUGACAGACAAAGCAGAUGUGUACAGCUUUGGGAUUGUUGCACUGGAGAUUGUUAGUGGAAAAAGCAACACUAAUUACAGACCAAAACAGGAGUUCGUUUAUCUUCUUGAUUGGGCGUAUGUGCUUCAAGAGCAGGGAAAACUUUUAGAUCUUGUCGACCCGAUACUUGGCUCAAAUUACUCCAAGGAAGAGGCACUAAGGAUGUUAAACAUGGCGCUUUUAUGCACCAAUCAAUCUUUCUCCCUGAGGCCAUCAAUGUCUACUAUCGUGAGCAUGACCGAAGGCAAGACAAAAGUUGAAGCACCAAUGCGAACCGAAUCAGAGGAUGAUAUGAGGUUUAAAGCCUUCGAAAAGGGUGCACAUGACAGCCAAUCACACUCCUAUACAUUCUCUCAGGAAAGUCGAGAAAGGAGCAUAUCCGUGGAUGGUCCCUGGGCCGAUUCUUCGGUAUCGUUCCAGAGCAAGGAUGCUUCAACAAGCAAGCUUCUUCCGGAUUUGUAUGAUGUGAAUAUUGAUUGAUUUUUCUGUAUCUUAUCUGUGUUCAUCAAGUGUACCCACUCCGACAAUCAAGCUUCCUUCUUACCGGUGUCAUGUGAAUUCUCUGCUCAUUUUUCAAGUAUAGUAUGUAUGAGCUAUGAAGUGACUGCAAAUAACAAUAUUGUUCAACUUCUGAAGUAUAGUAUAUCGAAGAUGCUAAGAAGUAUAAUUUUUUUUCUCA